GAUUUCAGUUCAGUCGUUCAGGAGAGCUUGGAGUGAACACAGUGCCAAUAUCCACGGCUAGCCAGUGACAACGUGUCUAUCCCGUUUACAUUUGAUUACUCCAUACGUUUCGUAAUUUGGCGUGAUAUCAAAACAGUGUUGUGAUAAUGUUGGACAAAACGAUCUUGGGAGGCAGUUGGGAGAGUGUGAUUUCCCGAGACGAUUAUGAGGUCGAAUAUAGCCAGAGCCCCAGGGGAUCGCCGUUGAAAGAUACGUCAAAUAUUCAAGACGAACAGCCGUAUAUGAUCAGUCGUCACAAUCCAAAUAAGACAUUUCGCCGAGAAUCAGUGAUAGCAUCUUGGAAGAGUCUGAAAAAAGAACGAGAACAAGCACUGGGAAAGCGCAUCAUUUAUGUAGAUGCUGACAGUUAUGAAGACUACUAUGGGCGUAAUAAGGUAAAAAGAUGUAAGAGCGAAAGGGCAGCUAACAACCCUCGUAUGCCAAAGAAAGUGAAAAGGACAUACUCAGUUUUAUACCGGUACGAUCCAAAUGAAGAAAAAGUAGUCAAGGAGUACAAAUAUCAGGUCGGUAAAGAAGAUAUGUCACCGUGUCAGACACCAAUGCAAAAAUGGCAUUCAGAGCCCUUCCUGAGGCCCGAAAGGACACCAAAGAAGAAAGUGAAGAGAUCCAUCACAACUCUAUUGAACAUUAAGACAAAACUCUUAAAUAUCUUUAAAAGUUAAAUGAUAAGGUAGUAUAAGCUUUAGUUGCUCAAUACAAUGCAUUUUAUGUACUUCUUACUUAGAGUUAGGUUGGACAUAAUUAAAAUGUAGGAUAUUUGCUCAUUCUACAGAUUUUAUAGACCAUGAGGCGGCCUAUAUGAAAUUGAUACUAAGUGUAGGUAAUAUUGUGAUAUUAAUGUGUGUUGUGAUUUAUGAAUGGACUUCAAAUUAUACUACAAGUAUAGUUUUCUCAAGUUCUUUUUAUUAGAUGAGGCACCGACCACUCAUUGUUGAAACUUGUUAUCUUUUAAUAAAAUAUAUAUUGAAUGAAGAAAGAGUUACUAUUAUCUGGGUCAAGGUAAGAUUUAUUUUAUUUAAACGAUGAGAAAGUACCCAAAUAUUUUGAAUAAUACAAUGAGUGAUCACUUGUAACUAUUAUAUUAAUGCAUAAUAUAUUAGAAUUACACUUAAUGUUUAUAAUUCAUUCCUAUAUUUAUAGAUAAGUGUGUUUUUAUUUAGAUUUAUGGCUUUAGUUAAGUAAACACAAUUUACUUAAUUUUUAAGGUACUUACAAAAGGUUAUUCAAAUAAUGUUGUAGGGUAGUUUUAAUUGCUAUAAGUCCCACAUUACAUUUGAAUUUGUUUCAUAUCUUACUCAUUACAUAUUAUUAAAAUAUGGACAGAAAUAAUAGUUUAAUAAGUUUAGUAACUUUAUUGAUUAUCGUGUAACUAAUGCAAAUAAAAGUAAUGUAUUCAUAACAAGAUCAAACCGUAUAUGCUUAUUAUACAUAUAAUUAUCAACCAUUAUUAAUCCUAACCUAUUUACAAGAAAAAUCAAUAAAAACUAUACACAAUAA